AUGAAUUACCUUGGCCAUCCACACAAGACAGCAAAGCAUAUCACCACAAUACCGCUACAAGUCAAUGUUGAGAAACGACACGCUCUUGUCGUGGAGGGCUCCCUAGAUCAGCAUGUGACCUUCACAUCGGUUCAGGAUAUUGGCGGCGUGGUUGCUCGCGCCGUCGAGUACGAAGGCGGACCAUUCGCAAUCGAGUGGCUCAAGCUGAAGGACCUCGAGGCGGGCAUAGUUAAGAGUGAUUAUUUGAUCCCCGUGAAUACUCUCCAUGCUACCACAGAAGAUGAGAUGGAGACAGUCAACAAGACUGCUACGAUUGGGAUGUUGAUCUCCACCUGCCGGGGCGCAUGGGAUGUGACGGACGAGUGGAAUCAGAUCCUGCCGGAUUACGAAUUCACUCAAGUCGAAGACUUCCUCGCAAAAGUCUGGAAAGGAGAAUAA